AUGAGUCUUUUGGGAGUGUCUGAGCAGCAUUUAACUCACAUCGUCGUAUCUAGAAAAAUAGCCUUUGAACAGUUUGAAAAGUGCAUAAGAACCUGCAACUCAGCAUUGCUUUCAUUUGAAGUCGGUAUUCUCUUGAAUAUAAUAAAAAUCGAUUGUUUGGUCAUCAAUAAAAGAAAUGAAAAAGCUUUCAACUUCAGAAGCCAUCAACAAAACAAUCAUUUGUCAAAAUUCUCAAACAAAAGGAAACUGUCGCCUUAUUCAUCUUAA